AUGCAGGAGUGCUUCCCGUGUAUAUUCACUUCCGUGGGUCAGCUCUCGAACGCGGAGAUUGCUGAGCAGGUGGAGCAGUUGAUUACCGUCAUGGUUGGAAGCUGUAGGACUGCGGGACGUCCUGUUCCGGGGUACGAUGGUGUUCUGCCAGACUCGGAUGGUGACGAUGGAGACGAUGGGGAUUCGCCUGUCUCAAACAACGACGACGACGACGACGCAGACGACGACGAUGAUGCGACUGCCACGGUCCCUGCGCCCGCAGGUGGAAGUUCCGGCUCCGGCUCCGGCUCUGGCUCUGGCACGGGUGCGUCAGGCGCUAAGCCCACAACUACCGCACCUUCUGAAGGUUCCGACGAUGCUGACUCGGAGGAGGAUGGUGGGAGUGCGGUGUUGAGGAAGGUGAACUUGGGAGGUUUGGUUUUUGUUGCGCUUGGGGCUGUUCUGUUGGCGUGA